GAACCAUUGCUUAUGGAUUUACAGAAGAUGGGAGAAAAGCUCGGCUGCUGGUGCAGGACCCAUCUUAGGUGAUUGGGGAAGUGGAUAUGGUAUAGCUGCACAGGCAUUGACUGCAGUAAUAAGGGAUCAUGAUGGUCGUGGUCCGCAUACGACGCUUACACGUAGUAUACUACAGGCGCUUAAUCUUUCUUCUCCAGAUGAACUUAUUGGGUGGACCUAUGCAGACCCAUCUUGGGCUCGAAUUGCAGCUCUUGUUCCAGUUGUAGUAUGUUGUGCAGAGGCGGGUGAUGAAGUUGCGACUAACAUCUUGCUAGAUGCAGUUCAAGCGUUAGCUUCAAGUGUUAAAGCUGUUGUUCAAAGACUGGGUUUGAGUGGUGAAGAUGGGCAGUCUUCUUUUCCUCUUGUCCUGGUUGGUGGUGUUCUUGAACCCAAUAAGAGGUGGAAUAUAGGGAAAGAAGUAAUGAAUUGUAUUUCCAACGAGUUUCCAGGGGUUCGUCUAAUUUGGCCAAAGGUGGAACCUGCAAUAGGAGCAGCAUUGCUUGCUUGGAAUUUUUUAUGA